GGGCCCGCGUCGCCGCCGACAUGGCGCGGCACGUGCGGUGACGGUGGCCGCGCCCCCAGGGCCCCAGCCUCGCGCCCCCGCGUCCCCGGGCGAGCAUGGAGCGCCCCGAGCCCGAGCUGAUCCGGCAGAGCUGGCGGGCGGUGCGCCGCAGCCCGCUGGAGCACGGCACCGUGCUGUUCGCCAGGCUGUUUGACCUGGAGCCUGACCUGCUGCCCCUCUUCCAGUACAACUGCCGCCAGUUCUCCAGCCCGGAGGACUGCCUGUCCUCCCCCGAGUUCCUGGACCACAUCAGGAAGGUGAUGCUCGUGAUUGACACUGCUGUGACCAAUGUAGAGGACCUGUCCUCGCUGGAGGAGUACCUUGCUGGCCUGGGCAAGAAGCAUCGUGCAGUGGGUGUGAAGCUCAGCUCCUUCUCGACGGUGGGGGAGUCCCUGCUCUACAUGCUGGAGAAGUGCCUGGGCCCCGCGUUCACGCCAGCCGUGCGGGCCGCCUGGAGCCAGCUCUACGGGGCCGUGGUGCAGGCCAUGAGUCGAGGCUGGGACGGCGACUAAGAGGCGGCCCCUGCCCAGCAGCCUCCACCUGGAGGCUCCAUCUGUCUGUGUCUGCUGCAGCCCAGGCUCCCUUAGGCCUCCCUGCCCCUUGGUCCUUGUCCCCUGGUCAUCCCGGAGAGGUAAUAGAACAGAACUGGGUGUCAGCCCCCCUAACCUCCAGCUGCAGAUGGGGGUGGCUUUCCCUCCAGGAGGGGGCUUCUGGAUUUCCCUGCAUGCCCGGUAGCUUCUUCCCUGCCUGCCCUCUUUUCCCUCUGGCAUCACCUCCUCCUCUAGGAGAGGACCAGUGCUCUGGUCCCAGAGGUGGCAUGGGGCUGGGAAGGUGGGGAGCUGUGAGAGCAGGGGUACCUGCCAUCCAUCCUUGUCAGGUGAGUCCAGGCCCAGCUGGGGAGUGGUGGCUGAGCUUCGGGCACCUUCCCAUUUUGUCUGCCUCCAUGCUUUUCUCUCCCUGGGUCCUUUGCCUUUCACAAAUAAAGAGGAGGGACUUUUCUAGCCUUCAUGGUGGAAUCACAGGUAGUGGGAGCAGGGACCCGCUGAGGACAAGAGAGCUGACCUAAGUCUGCAGUGGGCCCAUCCGGGUCUCAGAUGCCACCUGCCCGAGGGGUUUUUCUUUUGCUGUGUCCUGUUCCCUCAUUCAGCGCUGCUGCUGGGAGCUCCUGUAGCUCUACUCUGCAGGAACCAGCUAGCCAGCAGGGGAGGUGGGGGGGGGGGGGCUGGCGAAGAGCAAGAGCAAGGAACGAGGGGUGAUUUCAUUCCAAAGGAGCCUGUGUUCCCAUGGCUGUUCCUCACGGCCCCGCUCCAGCAGGGCUGGGGUUUAUCUCCCCUGAGCCUCCUUUCUGCCGCUGCUCACAUCAACUGCAGGGCCACGGCUCUCCACACUUGACAGCUGGGGUGUGCCUGUACUCAGGCUGCUGCAUAGAAAAAGUGCCAGAGAGGCCCUCUGUCCUCACCCCCAAGCUGUCUGCACCUUUACCUUCCGCUCCGUGCCGUGGUUGUGUAAGCUCAUGAGGAAUAAACCUGU